GCACCUCAUUUUAUCUAUCCUCCCUCCCUCCCUCCCUCGAGCUGUCUCGCGUUGUCGCCCCUGCUCCAGCUAUAGCAACUGUAAAUUGGGCGGGAUCGAUAAAAGGGGUUAUUGGUUUUCUGUUCCCGCAGUCCGCGAGCUCACAGUCUCCCACUGCAUUACCUAAAGUAGGUGUCCGAAGCCGUCCGGUUACCACGGACAUACUCAGCUCCGUCGUCGAAUUACUAUGGCGACUCUAACCACGAUUUCCCCUACGUCUUGCUCUUCUCUCUUUCCCUUCCGAUCCCAACCCUCUCCAUUUAUCCACACUGCCGACCCUUCAAUCGCUCCCAAAUCUGGUCGACCACCCCAAACCCUCGCUUCUCCGCGUUAUUCUCACUUCCGGCGGUUUUUAGCGGGGGCUCAGCCUGUGUUUCCCACAUCUUCGGCUCUCGUAUCCUCCUUGGACGACCUCUUUGAGUUCAUUUGCACAGGGCCUCUUUUGCGGAGGAUGGGAUUUACGACAGAGAACGUGGCGGAGGGCAUCGACAAAUGGUUGCUCUGCGGGGGAUAUCUGUGUCGGCUGUUUGGAUUGAACGAGCUCCAAUUGACUGCGCCGGAGAAGGCCAGGGUUUACCACUUCUAUGUUCCGGUUUUCCUCUGGUGCGAGAAGCAGAUAGAGCGCCACGUGUUGGGGUUUGGAGAUGCGGAGGAAGUCGCCCCUCUAGUGAUUGGCGUAAGUGCUCCUCAGGGUAGUGGCAAAACAACACGUUUUGCUCUAGAGUACCUUUUCCGUCGGAAUGGCAGGAAUGCUGCAACAUUGUCAAUUGAUGAUUUCUAUUUGACAGCAGAUGAGCAGGCCAACUUAAGGAGCCAAAACCCUGGAAACGCUCUCUUGGAGUUUCGUGGGAAUGCUGGAAGCCAUGACCUGCAAUUGUCUCUGGAUACGCUCACAGCUCUAAAAGAACUGACAAAAGCAGGCAUGAAGAUGAAGCUUCCACGGUAUGAUAAGUCUUCACAUGGAGGGCGAGGUGAUAGAGCUGAUCCUUCAGAAUGGCCAGAGGUUGAAGGUCCAUUAACGGUGGUUCUACUUGAAGGCUGGAUGCUUGGCUUUCAACCUCUCCCAAGUGAUGUUGUCAAAGCAGUUGACCCACAGCUUGAAAUUGUAAAUAGAAAUCUUGAAGCCUACUAUGACGCAUGGGACAGAUUCGUAAAUUCAUGGAUAAUUAUCAAGAUCAAGGAUCCUAGUUAUGUCUAUCAGUGGAGAUUACAGGCUGAAGUGGCCAUGAGAAAUGAUGGGAAACCUGGUUUGUCCAAUGAGGAGGUCUUGGACUUUGUGUCUCGGUAUUUACCUGCCUAUAAAGCGUAUCUUCCAACAUUGUAUUCUAAAGGGCCGAGGAAUUUCGUUAAGGAACGGCUGCUAAUAAUUGAUAUCGACGAGGAGAGAAAUCCCAUAUCAGAGAAUUGAAAUUACAUUAAAUCGUUCUAUGUAAUUUAACAUUUAGGCAUAUUGCUUGUGUGACAUUUAGGCAUGCCUCAAGAUAAAAUCAUCCAAAGUUUUCUUAAUCAAAUUUAUUUAAUCUCUUAAAUUAUUGUUAUAUA